CCGGGCCUCACACCCCCCCGUGACGUCACGGCCGCGGGCUGCUGGGGCCCCUUUGCCGCCGCCGAGCUCGCACGGCCCCAUGGCGCUGCGCCUCGCCGCCCCACUGCUGCGCCCGGCCCUGGGCGGCCUGCGCCGGCGGAGCACCGCCCCCCCCCGCGAGCCCUUCUCGUGGCGGGACCCGCUGCGCCUGGAGGAGCAGCUGACGCCCGAGGAGCGGCUGCUGCGCGACGCCUUCCGCAGCUACUGCCAGCAGCAGCUGCUGCCCCGCGUGCUGCGCGCCCACCGCCACGAAGUCUUCGACCGGGAGAUCCUGACCGAGAUGGGGCAGCUGGGGGUGCUGGGCCUCACCAUUAAGGGGUACGGCUGCGCGGGGGCCUCGGCCGUGUCCUACGGGCUGGUGGCGCGGGAGCUGGAGCGGGUGGACAGCAGCUACCGCUCGCUGCUGAGCGUCCAGUCCUCGCUGGUGAUGCACGCCCUGCACGCCUACGGCUCCGAGGCCCAGCGCCGCCGCUACCUGCCCCCCCUCGCGCGGGGGGAGCUGCUGGGCUGCUUCGGGCUGACGGAGCCGAACCGCGGGAGCGACGCGGGGGGGCUGGAGACGCGCGCCCGCUACGACGCCGCCGCCCGCACCUACCGCCUGCGCGGCACCAAGACCUGGAUCACCAACGCGCCGCUGGCCGAGCUCUUCGUGGUGUGGGCGGCCUGCGAGGACGGGCGGCUGCGGGGCUUCGUGCUGGAGCGCGGCGCCCGGGGCCUCAGCACCGCCGCCAUCGCCGGCAAGUUCGCCCUCCGCGCCUCCGCCACCGGCACCAUCCUGCUCGACGACGUGGAGGUGCCGCGCGACGCCCUGCUGCCCGGCGCCGUGGGGCUGGCGGGCCCCCUCGGCUGCCUCGACAGCGCCCGCUACGGCAUCGCCUGGGGCGCCCUGGGCGCCGCCGAGUUCUGCCUGGAGACGGCGCGGCAGUACGUCCUCGACAGGGAGCAGUUCGGGGGGCCGCUGGCCCGCAACCAGCUGGUGCAGAAGAAGCUGGCCGACAUGGCGACGGAGAUCGCGCUGGGGCUGCAGGCCUGCCUGCGCCUGGGCCGCCUCCGCGACGAGGGCAGGGCGGCGCCGGAGCUGGCGUCCAUGCUGAAGCGCAACUCGUGCGGCAAGGCGCUGGAGGUGGCGCGGCAGGCGCGCGACAUGCUGGGCGGCAACGGCAUCUGCGACGAGUACCACGUCAUCCGGCACCUCCUCAACCUGGAGGCCGUCAACACCUACGAGGGCACCCACGACAUCCACGCGCUGAUCCUGGGCAGAGCCAUCACCGGCAUCCAGGCCUUCUCCGCCGGGAAGUAGCGGCCGGCGGCGCGGGACGGUGGUGACGCUGCCGGGGUGGCACCGGUGUGCGGAGGCCCCGUUGAUUCGGGGGGGCGGAUGGAUCGGGGGGGGUUUGCCCCCCCCCCCGCGUGCGCGGACGCGAUCUGCUGGUGCCAAUAAAGGGUGGAAAAGGC